AACAUUACAACCACAUAUUCAUAUAUAUCACGGCCCCUGUGCAGAGACGUCAGGUCAAAGCAAACACAACUACUUUCACUAGCUAGUUCAGAUCAUCAGACCUGCACCAAUUCAGAUACCCAUAAAUUGAACUCUCGAUAUUCCAUCAUCAUCUCCCCAUAAUUAAGAAGAAAGAAAAUAAAAGUAUUAUGUCGUAUUAUGUUUAUUAUCUCAUCAUCCUUCACCUGUGUGUUUCCAUGCAUGCAUACACUUCUCGUCCUCUUGGCGUGUUCCAAUUGGGACAUGGAAAAGGAAUCCGUCUUACUAGCAAGACAUCAGAAAUAAUGGCUGAGAUCAAAGGAGAAAAUGUUAAUGAAAAUAUCAUUGAACGAAACGAGUCCAACGUUGAGUUUCAUUCAGAUAAGCCAAACAUGCUUAAAGGAAGCGAUAUCAAGGUUCAAGUCUCUCAAGAGGAAACCCAAGUUGAGGGAUGGAAGGAUCAUGCUCGAUCAACGAUGGAGUCUAAACAGCAAGAUUCAAAGGAAGCUAUAAAUAAUUCCGAGACAAACAUUGUCACGGAAGAUGUUGUAGUCAUGGACUACGCACAGCCUCAUCGUAAACCACCUAUUCACAAUUUAACUCCCUAAAAAAGUACAACUAUAUACAUUUGCUUGUUAAUAAUUCUCCCUUGAUAUCGAUCGAUCUCAUGCAUGUAUGUGGUCAUUCAAGUAAGAGAAUCAAUUAAUAAAGCGGCCGAAUUUUAAUUAUGCAAAAAAAAAAAAUCAUAUAAUUCAUCAGUUGAUUAAUUAGUCAAUCAAAAUAUAUACAACAUAUAUAUCUUGUAUUAAUGUAAUUGCAUUCUGAGUUGUAAACACGCCCUUUUGAGGUAGAUGAUCAUAACAACUCUAGUAAUGCUUUGUUUGUAUGAUGUAUCAUAUAUAUAAUUAAUUUGUCCUUAAAACAAAAAGUUAUUGUAGUAGUGAAUCAUUGUAUGGUCACGUACUUGCAAUUAUGGUAUAUGUUGCAAUGUUUCAAAGUUUUAUAUAUGAAUAAAGAAAAUAUCAGAAAACGAUGUGUGGUCCAUUGAUGUACCCAUGUCUUUAUAAUA